AUUUUAAAGAUGUUUUUUCCUACUUUAUUCCUUCUUCUUUUUUUUUUCUUCAUAAAGACUUUUUGAUGUUUCUUUCAUACUAGUAUAUAUUUUUAUUAAAGCUAAACUCUUUUCUCUCCACACAAAAUCCAUUUUCUUCAAGUAUCAACCAUGGGGGGUGAAAAGACUACUAUCAUGGUACUCAAAGUUGAUCUUCAAUGUUCAAGCUGCUACAAAAAGGUUAAAAAAAUUCUCUGUAAAUUCCCUCAAAUUAGAGAUCAAGUAUAUGAUGAGAAGGGUAAUACAGUCACAAUCACUGUUGUUUGUUGUAACCCUGAAAAACUUCGUGACAAAUUGUGUUGCAAAGGAUGUGGAGUAAUCAAAAGCAUUGAAAUCAAAGACCCUCCAAAGCCCAAACCUCCCGAAAAGCCCAAAGAGCCCGAAAAGCCCGAACCUAAAAAGCCUAAAGAGCCAGAAAAACCUAAAGUUGUCGUCAUUGAAAAGCCCAAGGAGCCUGAGAAGCCUAAGGUUGUUAUCAUUAAAGAGCCUGAAAAGCCUAAGACACCUGAAAAGCCAAAAGAAAUUGAGAAGCCCAAGCCCAAAGAGCCCGAAAAGCCCAAAGAAGUUCCUAAACCUAAACCAGAGCCCGAAAAGCCCAAAGAAGUUCCUAAACCUAAACCAGAGCCCGUAAUGCCAAUGCCAAUUCAAGAAUACCCACAACCGCCACACGGAUAUUGUUGUGGACAGUGCUACGGAGGCCAAACUGGGGGCCCAUGUUAUCAAGGGUACGGAAGACCGGUCCCUCCGCCCCCGGAAUACUGUUGUGGACAAUGCUACGAAGGCCAAACCGGGGGCCCGUGCUAUCAAGGGUGGGGAAGACCGGUCCCUCCGCCGCCGUGUUACGAUAACUAUGGGCCUGGGCCUGGGCCUGGGCCUUAUGGCUAUGGUAGGGGCUGUUGUGUGAGCAGAUGUGAUCAGUACUUUAAUGAUGAAAAUGCUAAUGCUUGCUCAAUUAUGUAAGGUGGCCCAAUAGGUAUGGGUCAAUGUCUGGGCUCUUCAAUGUGGGCUUCUAUUAAUGGGGUUGUCUUUUUCCUCUUUAAAAAUUGUUAUAAAUGAUAAACUAUGUAUAGGUAAUUUUCUUUUGUAAAAUAGAAUAAAAGAUGUUAAUUAGAUUGUUGGCUAAGUCUUGAUUGAUUAAUAAAUGUCAUUUUUCAACAUUA